AUGAAGAAAUUGUGGGCUAAGUAUCGACAAUCUCGAGAUGAAGAUCAUGAAGAGAUGUGUACGACUAAUGCUCUUGUGGUAGCAGCAGUCGCUGAAGCUGAAGCUUCCUCCGGAUCACGAAGACGGGGUUCUCAACCUGGGCGUGCACCAAAUGAGGAGCGAUUUAGGGAAUCAAGAAGGAAAAACAUGAUGGAAGAUUACUUUGUGGAGCGUCCAGUUUUCAGUGAAGAGGUAUUCCGGACACGGUACAGGAUGAGUAACAAUGUUUUCAACCGCAUCUCUCGUGACCUUUGUCGCUAUGCCAGGGCGGAUCAAUGCGCUGAGUAUUGUCGGAUGGUGAAAUCUACCUCCAUCGAGGCUCUGAAACGAUUUACAAGAGGAAUCGUUAAUCUGUACUCGGUAGAAUACCUCUGGCCUUGUUGGGCUGGAGAAUACAGCGGUCGAAAACGUGUACCCACUAUCAUCCUCGAAGCAGUCGCAUCUUAUGACACAUGGAUAUGGCAUGCCUUCUUUGAAAUGCCUGGAUCAUUCAACGACCUCAACGUGCUUGCUAAGUCCCCGUUGUUUGACGAGCUGACUGCUGGUCGAACCCCUCAGAUCCAAUUUCAAGCUCAAGAGGGGUAUAGGAAGGGUGUGGAGAGAUGUUUCGGCAUUUUACAGACGGUCUUUAGUAUUGUUCGAGGAGCAGCUCGUGGCUGGGAAAGAGAAGACCUUCUAUACAUCAUGCUGACUUCUAUUACAUUAUACAACAUGAUAAUCGAGGAUGAAAUACCAGAUGACAACGAUGAGGAUUUGGAGUCCGAUGAAGAAGAGGCUAACAAUAUGUGGCCCAGGUUGGCCUAG